GAAGAAGAAAACUUCCGCCCCAGUGCUACCUCUGAACAGCAAGCAGUGAGCACAUUUUUUCCAAAAUGAUCAACAAAUUUUCCACAAAGUUUUGAACCGAUAAAACCAUCGACAAAACCGACAGUCCCCAGUGUUGGAAAUGUGUGAAAAGCCGACAGAAGAGUACACGGAGGAGCUACUUUGUGGAAAAAAAGAGAUGGAGCUACACCAACUAAACAUGGAGCCACGAGUUGUUUUACAGCAACUUACAGCUAUUCUCUCAGAUACCGACUGCCCUUCUUCCGACAGCGACGCUUACGAAUAUCGCGACGACGAGGACGACGAGGAUUAUUCUUGUGAUGAAUUCAAGGACGACGACGACGACGAGGAUUAUUCUUACGAUGAAUUUGAUGACGAUGACACCGACGACAAAGACGACAGUUGUCUGUGUCCUCAGUGCGGGAAAACUUUUAAAACCGUAUCUCUGAAGCGUCACAUGAAAACGCACGCCGCAGAGAAAGAUUUCAUCUGCUCGGUUUGCGGUAUGCAAAUGGUUUCCAAGAGCAAUUUAAAACGCCACACACUCACACACACAGGCGAAAAACCCGUUCUCUGUUCAGAGUGCGGUAAGCGCUUCGCUACUGAAGUCUGUUUAAAAAAGCACAUGAGAACACACACCGGCGAGAAACCGCACGAAUGUUUUGUUUGCCAUAGAAGAUUUGGCAUUAAACAACUUCUGAAAAACCACAUGAGAACGCACACCGGGGAGAAGCCAUACGCUUGCCAACUUUGCGGUAAACGAUUCGCGAUCCAAAGCGGUUUAAAUAAACACCAAAAAGUGCACAGUGGGGAGAAACCGUUUUACUGCGCAGCUUGUGGUAGAAGUUACACUAGAAAAGUGUAUUUCACAAACCACUCGUGUCAAGGGACUGACGGAAAAGCAAAGUUGAACGGGAAAUUUUGAGAUUUUUUGAGACGAUUCAUAGUCGAAGCUCUGGAAAAUACGGUGCCGACUCUGGUAAAUUGUAAAACUGUGUAAUGAUCAGUGUUGUCACUAAUGCUUUACUGUAAUGUGAAUGAUUAUAGUUUCUGCCUGAUUAUAAGACGACCCCCUCUUUUUCAAGACUCAAGUUUGGAAAAAAAGACUGAACAAUAAAGUGCAAUCACAUUUGUAAAUGAAUGGCUUCUGGUUUUUGAAAUAUAAAUAAACCAAUCUACUGUGAUAAAACAACAAAAUUGCAAUAGUUAUUGCAACUGCAUUAACCAUCAAAGUGAAGUCUAACUGUAAUUGUAGUCUUGAAACAAAUCUGAAUAAGGAAAAACAUUGCAAUAAAAUCAUGCAAACUGGUUAAACUUGAGAGUAGCUGAGAUCUGUCAUGACAGAACAUUACUCAAGUUCAGCAUUCGCUUUAAUGAUAUCUGGCGCCAUCUAGCAUCUUGAAUGGGUAUAACGUCUGGACUGCGAAUAUAAGACGACCCCCACUUUUUCAGUCUUAUUUCAAUGCAAAAAACACCAAACACAGUCUUGUAUUCGGGCCGAUAGGGUACUUUCUUUCAGUAACGUGUAACGCUUUCAUUUUUCCAAACUAGUAAUCUGAUUAAAGUUGGUUUGCGUUAUUUAGGGCCUGAGCACCAACUGGGAGAGACAAUGACGACCAAAAUUGGUAUUUGCCAUGUGGCAAAAUGGAUUUCUGCAUGUGGCAAAAUGGAUUUUGGCAUGUAUUUUUUUUUGCCAUGUGGCAAAAUGGAUUUUGGCA